GCGACGUUCGCGUCGUCGCUCUCGGCGUUCGUUUCGACUACGUAGCUUCCGAGCUCGAGUCAGUCGCGGGCGAUCCGCCACGCCGCAAACAACGCCGAUUACAGCGGAUACCGCCAUUGUUUUAUAAAUAAAAUAUAAUAUAAUAUAUAUAUAUAUAGAUCAAAUAUAAUAUAUGUAUAUGCAUAUAUAGGUAUAUCGGUAUUGCGUUAUCAUCCGAAAUUUCAGAGUCAUUUUUUUUCCUUUGAUUUUUGUUCAAUUUAUUUCCGCACGCUAAUCAGUUGGACUGUUUUGAAAUAUUAUAGGCAGAUACGGAGAGAGGAAGAGAGAUGCACCGCGCCUAAACGCCUUAGAAAAAGACAGAUCAUACAUUUAAUUUGUGAUGUUGAUGCUGAUGAAGAAGACCGGAAAUGAAAAGUCGUCUUUUAUUCUACUCAUUGAAUUUAUUUGCCUGACCGAUUCAUCUCGUGUACACGCGUGUACACUCGGAUUGUUGAGUCAUCUGUGUAUUUUUUUGUUCAUUUUUUGAAUCGGUUUCCUUCUUUUCUUUCUGUUCUUUAUUUUAAUUUUGUGCUAAACAUUUUCCACUUGCGAACCACCGGUGAUAAUAGAUAAACAUGUGAUGUAACAAAUAGGGUUUAAUCGAUGAAAAGAAAGAUAAAAAUGAAAUAGGUAAAUCAAUGCUAUUGAUCGGGGUUUAAAAAAAAAUAUAUUCUUCCUUAUCUUGUGGUAUACGUAUGACAGUUUGAAAAAAAAAAGAAGUCAUCGUUGUUGUUACUACUUUCCUUAAUUUAUUAUUUAUUCUUGUCGUUAUAUACGAUAUUUGUGUGAAUGUGCACCGAAGUAAUUCAGGAUACCUCAAGAAAUGUGAAAUUUGGUGUGUGGUGUGCAUGUAGUUUUUAUUUAUUAAUAUUCCUCCGCGUCAUACUUGGAGAAGAAAAAGUGGAAACAUCUUGUAUCGGAUUAGCGGAUAUGAGGACGAGAUAAAGUGAUCGGAUGACAGCCAGCUUAAAGAGUAUAAACAUAAAUCGAUCAAGCGACUGACGUUAUUCGCUGCAUAGCGGUGGACCGAUGCCUUCAACUUCAUCUUCGAGAGCUUACGUGAAUAAUCGCCAUCACCAGACAACUCAUAAAUAGCGCGAAGGGGUAACAGCAGAGCAAAGAUCAACGGGUGAAAAGUCAACACAGAGAAGAUUUCCUCUAAUACAAAGACGUUUCGACCGAGAUAUUUGAGAAAAUAACAAGUGUAAGAGAAAGCAAAUCCGCUUUCACGGGGGGUUGGACCAAAGAAGAAUAAAAAAUCGAAACGAAUAAGUAAAUAAACAAGUAAAUAAAUAAAUAAACAAAUAGCAAAGGAAACAAAAUCAAAGGGAAAUCCUCUUCGUUUAUGAAAAAUGAAGGCUACAGUGACGUCAUCGCGCAGCGUCGGUACUUCGAUAACCUGAAGAAGAAGAAGAAAAAAUUUAAAAUCAAACGAAAGUCGUCCGGUUUAGGGGAAUCUCUGAACAGUCAUGCCUUUCACGGUGGAUCCUUUGGACCCCGUAACGUCGGAAAUGACGUCUAGGACGAGUGCGGCAGGUUUUUCCACCGGAGAUCCUUUCGUUAAUGGAACUUAUUCCGACGAAGAAGAAGAAUGGCCGGAAACGUCGGUUGCAAUAUUGAAAGCGUGCGUUUUGGGAUCUAUAAUAAUAACAGCUGUUUUUGGAAAUCUCCUCGUAAUGGUAUCGGUAAUGAGACAUCGUAAAUUGAGGAUAAUAACGAAUUACUUCGUCGUAUCAUUGGCACUGGCCGAUAUGCUCGUGGCCAUGUUCGCGAUGACUUUCAACGCCAGUGUACAAGUAACCGGAAGAUGGUUGUUCGGAUAUUUUAUGUGCGACGUAUGGAAUUCGCUCGAUGUUUAUUUCAGCACCAGUUCAAUACUGCAUUUAAUGUGCAUAUCGGUGGAUCGAUAUUACGCAAUCGUUAGACCGCUCAAGUAUCCCAUAAACAUGACCAAAACUGUCGUCGCUUACAUGUUAUUGGCUUGUUGGUUGUCACCCGCCAUAAUAUCGUUCAUACCUAUCUUCAACGAAUGGUAUACCACGAUAGAGAACAGCAAAUACAGACACGAACACCCCGAACAUUGCGAAUUCAAAGUGAACAAAGGUUACGCGAUACUUUCCUCCUGCAUUUCAUUCUGGAUACCGUGCACGAUAAUGACGCUCACCUAUUACGCGAUAUUCCGGGAGGCUAACAAACAGGAAAAACAAAUGCACAGCAGGAUGGGAAACGCAAUGUUACUCAGCCACAGACCGAGCAAGGACAUCAACAACAUGAACAAUUUAAACGGAGAAUUGAACAGCGGUGGUGGUUCGUCGAAGACUUUAACGUUGAACGAAAUAAAUACCGACCAUCUUCACACGCCAACUAAAGAUAAAAAUAUGAUUAAGAUGAAGAGAGAACACAAGGCUGCGAGGACCUUAGGAAUCAUUAUGGGUACUUUCAUAAUAUGCUGGCUACCAUUUUUUCUAUGGUACGUCACGACGACUCUUUGCGGUGACGAAUGCCCCUGUCCAAGUUUCGUCGUUGCGUUACUGUUCUGGAUCGGUUACACCAACUCGGCACUCAAUCCAGUCAUAUACGCGUAUUUCAACCGAGACUUUCGGGAAGCUUUCAAGAAUACCUUGCAAUGCGCUUUCUGCUCGCUGUGCAGGAGGGAGCCCUCGGAUCUCGAAGCUCUCGACUUUAGGAGACCUUCGCUCAGUUUCAGGUGCGACGGCGCCAACGAGUACGUUUGGUGUUUGGACGGUUCCGCAUUGCAGCUGAACACAGCCCUGAAUACGACCGACUAACACUGCGAAGUUUGAAGCUGCAGCAGGUUUUAGUCCACAGUUACAACCGAGCCUUACAAGCAUUGAAUACGACUACGUAACUAUAGCGUUCCGCAUAUGUGUCUAUUCUACAUGUACAGUGACGACCUACCAAACCUCAGUUUCCACCCUCCCACUCGAGAUAGCUAUACGUGAAUUUACUGGGUGAGCGGUACGCUUCCGAGGAAAAAAGAUGUGCAAAAAUGUAUCAAUCUUCUUUAUUCCAAGGGUAACUCGUAAACGACGAACCUAUGUGUAAAAUGAAAGCUUUGCAAUUUUUCGAAUUUUCUGAAGAAACAGAAAAAACGUUUGCCAGAAUUGGUCAACACAAGCGUCGCGUUUACCUUUUUAUUCGACUCUUGAUUCUUCGCACUCCGUACGAUAUCUCAAACCAAAAACUCGAAGGUUGAUUACGAUGACCGUGGGUAUUCGCUUUCUUUUUUCAUUGUCUUGUAAUUUUCACAUGUUUUCUCACGUUAUUAAGGACCGGUUAAGAUAAAGUUGGAGAAAAAUGUUGUGGGUGAAAUACAGCAAGGCGAUAAUACUUAGGACUAAAUUAGCUUUGAGGUCGAGCACGUAGCUGUGCUUGAGCUUGAGUUUUUUUUUUUUUUUUUUCUCUUCUUUUUUCACUACAUUCAGCUGUAUUCAGGGUCGAAAUGGGUGUCCGACCUUGGUCGAGGCUAGAUUUAUCUCAGAGAUUAAAAGCAUGCAACUCAAGAACCUUUCCUGUUAUAUCGUUGUGUAUAAUAUACAAUUAGGGGAAAAAAAAGAACACUCGCUUGAAACGCCCUCGUUGCUUAUGCACAGCGCUGACCGUGCCGGUUAGCCUGAAUGAUUAAUUUGGUCUGGAUGGUCUUUGAUUCGCUAAUAAAUAUCUGCGGUCGGCGUUCUAGGUGAAGUGGAUCGAUUUUUGACUGCAAUGGGAUUCGGAGAUUUCCACGCCAACUCUGAAUUCGUCUUUCUAUCGCUUGGUAUGCAGAGAGCGGCCAGUAUAGUUUAAAAAAAAAAAAAACGGAAUGUGAAUGGCGCAAGGACUAUGGGGUGUGCAUUCUACUCGCGAAAAUUAUCCGUCACGAAAGUAUAUCGAGCGGAACCUGAAAAUCAUUCGACUAUGCGAGGGAGAAUCGGAGUAUCAUUCGCGAUCGAAAGAUUCAGGUUCCUUAUUUUUUUUUGAAUUUUUUACAGAAGUUAUUUUGAAAGUGAACCGGACUUGCGGUAACAUUUUUAGCUCGGGGGUAUCCGGCAAUGAGUGUAUGAAAUGCCAACUCCGUAACGGACAGCGGCGCCUCUAGCGCCGGGUGGAAAAAUUUUUGCAGACGUUUCCCACUCGCAAAACUGUUGUGCGAUUCCAAUUAAAGCUGCCACCGGUCUCGACCGUAUUUCGAUUUGAGGAAUUUCUGCCGCUAGAUAUAAAGAAGAGCUAACCGUUUGAAUUUUUUUUCACGAGUACGGACAGUCACCUUGCCGUUUUUUAUUUCUUAGGGGUAGUAGAUUACAAAUUCGAAUGCCUUGCGUGGGUUCGAAAUACAUCAGAACCAGUCGCACGAACAAUUUGAAAAAGUGAAACGGCCUUUUUCCAUUUUUGGUAAAUGCUGAAUCCGAACUUCGGAAUAGUUCGUCCUACUGAAGGUCAGAGGCAUCGCCCUCCGCUACGCAGCCGAGAUCUAGUUGAGAUUACUCUCAACAUCACUUCCAAGUUUUCCAAUUUUCAGGUGGGUCAAUCGGAUCAUUCGAGAGAAAACAACAAAGAAAAAAAAAAAGAAUUCGAAAUACCAUUAUUCCUGUACCGAUGUACCUCAACCGUCGACUCCCAUCUGCCAAGUGACAAGGCGGUGAAUAUUCUGCGUUGACGUCGAAAUUGUCGACUCCGGCUAAAAAUCGAUCCGCUUUACCUGGAAUACCUCAUAUUAUACUGCAUGAACGUUGCAGUAAUACCAUCUCUUUUUACAUCGAUUGGAAUAUAUGAUUGAACGAGAUGAAUUUCAGAUCUCGUGUGUCGUCGAGAAGCGCGCCUGGAAGAGAAGCAGAUUUUCAUGUCAUCGUCCGCAUGAAAUAGUUAAUAUCUAACAAUAAGGUGACUGCACCGUUACAACUUCAAAUACAGGGAUAGAGUCGUAUCUCUCGAAGUGUUCAAGAAGCGAGUAUCUAAUAAUAUAAACUAUUCCGAAUCGAAGGAAAUGUGAUUUAGUAUUUCCGAUGUAAAAGGAAAAAAAAAGCUCAACUCGGUGGUCCGAGCGUUGGCCUAUACGUUCAUACAUUUUGUAUCGACUUCAUAUAAUCAUCAGUUGGAAGUUCUAUAGGGAUAGGGAGUAUAGGGAUUCUCUGGGUUUUUUUUUUAAAAGGAUUAUCGCAAAAUUCAUUCUGGACUUCUACCCCCAGUUAAUGGCCUACAAAAGCUGGAGUCACAUCUACAGCUAUAUAUACACGCUCCAUACGCGGACGUCUGAAUUUUACCAUCAGAUGUGAUUUUCAGAGAGGAGUUUUCAUUCUCGGUGUACAGAGUGUGCGAGAAAAUCAAUAAUUAAUUAAGCCGCAAAGUUAACGCUCGGUAACACUGCCAAUAAAUUCUCUUCCAAUCGAUGUGAACGGCCGAAAUAAAAACAAAAAAUACAACAAACAUUUUCGCCCAGUGAUUGAACUUUCGCUCGUUAUCUCCGCUGAAUUUUCAAAUUUUUCAACGUCGAACUACCAUGUAGGUAUAUAAGGUAUCUAAAAAAGAAUUUCACUCACCCCGAAAUACGUGUACGUAUAUAUUUUACCAAUAUAAGAAUGAAAAAAAAGAGUUCGCUCGACAUUUUCGAGGUGUUUGUGAAGUUCGAAAACAGGAAUGGGGUAAAAAAAAAGGAUAAACUGAAUGAUUCAUGACUUGAGACGUGAUGUAUACGUGAGUACAUAGGUCCAUAUACGUAUAAUAUAUAUGAGGGGGAUACAUACAGGGCACGCCAGAUGAGAAUCGGUGGCCCUGUUCCCACGGCUGCGAACUUUAAACACCACAUUUCAAAGUUACUAAACUGCAGUUUGCUUCCUCAUUUCACAUCCACGGCGCAGUUUGAUCCGCUUAUCUCGAGCUCUACAAUGCGCUUUUAAGUUGGACAAUUAAAUUUCGUACUAAUUCGUGUACCUCGCAUACCCAUCCAUAUAUUUGAAACAAUAUACACGUGGGCAUAGUAUGAAUUUUACUGCUCUCCAAUCUGUAUAUAUCAUUAAAUAAUCCUUUACCCGCUGUCUGUAUACUCGACAGAGCCAAUGAGAUGGUGCAUAAAAUAUUAGUGGAAUCUUUGAAGUAGUCUCGCAGUCUGCAUACAUCUGCAUUACUAGAUACGCUAUUUUCUAUCUAUACUGUAUAUAUCGUUUGAGAUUCUUAGAGAUGACGGAAGUUGUUGAUAAUGUUCCACCGCAGCGCUGCCGCUCCACUUGACUUAUAAUUUCACUCAACGCUUGAUGCAUAUUUACUAAGUUCUUUGGCGCAAUUUCCGAGGCAAAGAUUGGAAUAAAGAAUCGAUUUUACUCCUGUGUUGAAGAAAUAAACGACAAGAUACAGUUUCAA